UGCAGUAUGGCGGACGAUGGGGAUGGCAGAACUGGAGUAGACGAUACAAGUGGCGGGCAGGGCACAACAGAAGAGUUGGACCCAGGGCCUGGUUUUUGCAAUAUGCUUCUCAAUUUCAGUCUUUUAAUUGCAUUGCUGGCCGUUUGCUAUGUGGUGUACCGGCGGUGGUUCAGGAGGUUAGGCGCCGACGCGGCCCAGGGAGGCGAGGCCUCGUCUUUGCCUAAGAUGGGGAGACGUGAUUUUACUCUGGAGCAGUUGAGGGAGUACGACGGCGUCCAAAACCCUCGCAUCCUCAUGGCAGUUAACAUGAAAGUCUUCGACGUGACCAGCGGCAAAACGUUUUAUGGACGUGAUGGUCCGUAUGGAAUCUUUGCCGGUCGUGACGCCUCUCGCGGUUUGGCUACGUUUUGUCUGGAGAAGGAUGCCCUCCGGGACGAGUAUGACGACCUGUCGGAUCUCAACGCUGUUCAGAUGGAGAGUGUCAGAGAGUGGGAGAUGCAGUUUAUGGAGAAGUACGACUACGUAGGUCGUCUUUUGAAGCCGGGCGAUGAGCCGUCAGAGUACACGGAUGAGGAGGACGUUAAGGACCAUCUGAAACACGACUGAUUCAUCCCACUGGCUCAGCGACCAAAGGCUAUCGCUCAGACCGCUGCCAUCCAGCAGAGCCCCCGAUAACCCCAACUGCCCCUUUACCCUUCAGCAACUACCCCUGAUUCCACACCCCACCCCCAGCUCUGAUUUUAAAAAAGCCCCAGGGAGCUUUGCGAGAGCAAACAGCUUCUCUCAGUGCUUCAAAGCUCCGCCCACUUUACCCUGCUGUCUACAGGUAAAGACAGGUGUACUCCUGCAGUGGGUGUGGUGCUGUUUUUCCCCUUCCUGAUUGGAGCAUUAAAUCUAAACCAGCGAUCACAACUUCUCCUGGAGAAGUCAGCUCUAUCCUAGAUCUCAUACACGUUACCUGUUUGAGCUACAUCUGAAGAGGUCGAUUAGUUGGAUCAGGUAUAGAAGAUUCGGAUGCGAAUCUAAAGGUAGGUCACUAGGAGAACGCUUGGUGACCACCGAUGUUGCCUGGCCUUGCCUCUAGGUGUCCCGUCCCACUUGCGUGAAACUUCAUCUGCCUUGCUGCCGCUAUCUGUGCGUUUCUGAGUGUUUUUGAUGUCCCCUGUCCCUGGGGCCACGUGCUACUGUGUUACCUGUGCCUGCACGCCCGGUUUGACCCAUCAGCCAGUCAUUUAAGCUCUCUUCUUGAGCUGAUUUGGGCGUGUCGGAGAAGCAAGUCUUUGUGGGAUGGGCUUCUAGGUCUGGGAUUGCUUUGCCCUUCGUGUUUGUGUUUUGUUUUGUUUGUUUUUUUCUCUCCUCCUUCUCUCCUCUUCCCCCACAUCUGUCUUCCCGUGUUGUACAUGCCUACUGGAGGGGAAAAGGUGUCAAAGUUUUCUAUUCGCUUGUUUGUGUGACCCCCUGUCUCUGUUUUGAUGGAACCAUAGAUCCUUGGCCUUGUGUCCUGUUCAAACCUAAGCCAUGUGCCCUAGACCCUAACCACGUGUACAGUGAAGCAGCCCUGGGGCUUUUAAUCAGUCCUGCACAUCUGUGUGUUUGGGUGAUGGACUGAAAUUGUGAAAAGAUUAAAAGACAUGAAUUUAAUGAAACACAUUGAAAUUUCAGACUCUCACAUUUUUAUUGACUUGUUUCUGUGAGGACAUCACUGUUGAUAAACCCAAAAAAUAAAAGCCUUAUGCUAAUUGCAUUAGGAGGUAUAUGAGGAAUGGGUUAUACACACAGCUGGAGCGUUGUGUGGUCUUUUUUUGUUUGUUUGUUUGUUUGUUUGAAAACAUAUUGUUUUCCUUACUGUAACACAUGUAAACAUUCAGUUAUGGCUCAUGUUCUCCUGUUGGCUUUUUUUUUUUUCCCUCUCAUUUUGUCAUCCAUGUCAGAUUACCCUCAGCCAAUCAAAAGGCUGAGUACCAGGGGUGUGUAUGGUGUGCACUCUUAAUUGUCCCUGCUUUGUCACACUAGUUGUACAGCUCUAGGUGUCGGUUGGGGAGAGGGGGAUCUUCAGGUGUCGGUUGGGGAGAGGGGGAUCUGGAGAAGCAUGUAAAGGGGAUCUUAUCAGAAAACUGCUGUUUUUGAUCCAUAUUAAUCAGAAUCGUUGGAACACAAAGGGAAAAUCCGUUUUUGACGGUUUAAAAUCUAUCGAUUAUUUUACCUGUCAGUCUCAAUUCUUCAACAUACCCCCCACCCCCAUAAUGAAGAAGUCUGAGUAGAAAUUGUGCCUUAUUUGUGUUCUUUUAUAUGUCAAAACAAAAAAACCUGAAAGGCGAAGAGAAAGCAAAACUGAAUGAUUGGGGGGGGUGGGUGGUGAAAUAUAAAAAUUUAAAUGUAACACAAACUCCCCUUUUUAUGUUCUGUGUAUGCUGUUUAAAAAUUCACUGUUAUGCCCCUUCCUUCUUGAAUGUUUAGGUGGAGAAAUGUUCCAGACCUGACAGAGCUUUCUGUCUCUUUACAACCUUGUACAUAGACUUUACAAAGUGUUCAGUGUUACUGCCAUGUUUAUGUAGUUAAGGAGCGAUGUACUACUGUGUUGUAUUGGCCAUACGUCUACGUCAUCCUGUCUUUUUUUGUUGUUGUUGUUGUUUUUGUUUGUUUGUUUGUUUUCUCUCUCCCUGUCUCUCCUCUCCCAUAGUACACUCUCCAUUUUGUUUCCAUUUUGGGUUGUUUUGUUUUCUGCUGAACUUUCAAAAUGAAGUGUAACACCUUUUUGUGGAUGGGGCAGUGGUAUACAAUUUGUUUUUGUGGGUGUGAGUGGUAAAACAAACAAAAAUAUACAUUUAAGGGGCAGAGGUGGGUUGUGUAAAUAUGUGUACCAUUUUACUGAAGCAUGCACGGCAUAACCAGGAGCACACGCGGGGCUCCUCUACGUAUUUAAUUAUUGGGACUGUGAGUGAACGAGAGUGCGCUUGUGAAGGGAAGAAAGACGUAUUGAUGCAUAAACAAAUACAUUUGGAUAAUAAAAUUCGUUGCCUCA